UGUUCUUCUUCACAUUUUUUGUAAAAGACAUUUUACAAUACAAAAAAUUUUCACUCAAAACGAAAAAAUUACACAGUUUUUACACAAAUAUUUGAAUAAACAAGAUAAACGAUAAAAUUUGCGAAAUAAAAUAGUGAAAUUCGAAUACAAAUCAAAAUAAUUGCGAUAUUGAAGUGAAAAGUGAGAAACGACAGAUAGAAAAAAUAAAACACAGACAGCAGCAGCCAGUUAGAAAAAAAAUUCGAGGAAAAAAACGAAAGGCGUAAAAAAUACAUACACAUAUAAUUUUUGUAAAAACAAGCAAAAAAGAGAGAUUUGCAAUAAAAUUUCUAUUUUUUUUUUAUAAAUUUGUUAAAAAAGAGGAAGAAAGGAAAAAGAUCAUUGUUCUUUUUAUUAUUAAAAAUCAAGCAGUGCAUUAAACGUAAGAUUUUUUGCAACAAAACACAAAAAAAUCAAGGACACUUAACGACCUCGUCGUCGUUAGCGUUGACGUUAAACGCAGACACAACAACAAAUUUAUUACUUUUUAGUGGAUAGUUGAUUAACGGGACCAGGAAGUCAGUGUAGCUUGAAAAGUAAGUCAACUAAACGGACCUUUAUAAUUGUCUGAAGCCAAAAGAUCACUUUUGAACACUCGUCUGUCUCAUUGAUCGGACGGGUUUAGCAAAGGGUGUUCGGAUAUGGCUGUUAAACAGAACAAUACCGAGGGGAACGGUUCUUCAGCAGAUGCGAAUCAAGUAAAUGGCGGCAAUGGAGUAAAAUCAACCGGUACCAUUACAAAAUCCAAAAAAAUGAAUCCUAAUGGCCCUAAUGGUGAUAUUGGCGGCGGGGCUUUGGCAGCUGGUGUUGGUUUAGGCGCAAGCGGUAAUGCCGAGUUGCCCGGCUGCAGUGGUAAUACAGGAGCUUCCGCUAAAGCUAAAGCAAUGUCAUCGGCAUCAAAUAUUGGAGCCGGAGCGGCCAAUGCGUCCGCCCAAAAUAAUGACAUUUCCCACAUUUUGCAAUUGAUCGAGUUGGUGGAAAUGAAACAACAACAAGUGGAUUUAAGUAAAGAAAUGCUUAAAAUCUAUCACCAUCUCAUUGUCAAGCUGGCACGUGUACAAUUUCCGCGGCAAUCUCCCGAAGAUUUGAAACGUUUCAAGGAAGAUAUGGCCAAGGUGGGAGCAUUCUUUGCCAAAAGCACUGAGAAAAGUAUAUACUUUUACUCAUAUUUGCCUGUUGUUUGCCAACUUAUUACCAUGGCUGAUGGUGAAACACCAUCCUGUGCUUUGGCCGUCAUCUUUCAACUCUUCAAUUCGGAAAUGGUUGUGGAGGCCGUACAAUCAUUGCUGGAACAUGAAGUGCCCGAUCAGAACAUACGCAAGACUGUAUGUCUAUUAUGUGAAUGGUUGCGCAUGUGUAAUUUUUGCCAAAACUUGCACAUCUGGAUUAUCGUCAUUCUAAAUGGUCUGCAGAAACGUAAUAAAAGUGCUCUGGUUGAACAAAUCGCAUUGGAAAAUAUUGAACAGCUGUUUGCCUCGCUGAUAGUGCCAGUUUUAAGACCGAAAGUAGCACCCAUAGUAUUUCAUAUGUUGUCUUCUAUCGAUCAAAGUCCCGAAGUUUUUCAUAAGAUUUUACCACGUUUUCCCCUCGUUAUCAAUAUGCUCAAACAACAAUCGAAUAGUAGUGAGGAAUAUGCCGAUAGUACCACGAAAAUCCUACAGCAAUUGGUUGAUCGAACCAGUCAAUUAAUGUCACGAUUUUGUCGUUACGAUGAUCUUUAUGAACCAAUAGAAUUGGCUUUAAAGGGCUUUCAGCCAUCGAAUAACUAUAUGAACUAUGUCUAUGGUUCAAUAGAUUCUUCAUCAUCCACUCAAAAUUCCAACGCCAAAGUGGGUUUGGUUAAUUUGGGUAAUACCUGUUAUAUGAAUAGUGUGUUGCAGGCUUUGGCCAUGACUAAAGAGUUUUCUCGCGAGAUACUGCUAUCCGAAAGUAAAUCUCCUCUGUUAAUUAAAAUGCAACAGCAGAUCGCGUUUAUGUUAUAUUCUACGCGUCAAGAAUUGACACCCUCCAAAGUGCUAAAUGCUACAAGACCGCCCGGUUUUUCGCCAGGGCUACAGCAAGAUAGUUCUGAAUUUCUGGGUUAUCUAUUGGAAACGCUGCACGAACAGGAAGUGGCUUUUCGUAAGAAAACCACAAAGACCUUGGAACAUGGUGGCGUUAGUGGUAAAGAGACAUCAAUUAAAAUUAUGAAAAAAAUAGAGAAUGCCCAGGAAACGGGUGCUUCUGCUUUAUAUAAAGAUGAAGAAGAUGUGGAUGGUGAGGGCGAAGGUGGUGUUGGAAAUACAACAACUAACCCAAACAUAUCUACCACAACAGAUGCCGCCGAUUCUACUAAAAGCACAAAUUUACAAACAACUAAUAAAUCUUCAUCAUCAUCCACAACAACAACAUCUUCCUCCGAUUCUCUCUCAACAAAAACAACCACAACGUCUAUUUCAACAAAUUCACAAAAUUAUUCGACAAUCGAAAAAACAUUCACUGGCAAAUUGGCCACGACAUAUAAAUGCCUAAGUUGCGGUUGGAAGAGCUGCAACAUUGAUAGCUUUCGCGAUUUACAACUUUCUUUUCCCGAUGUCAAGAAUGAUUGUGCUUCCAAUUAUUCGGUACAAGAUCUCAUCGAAUAUUAUUGCUCGUCGGAAAAACUCUAUGGUGAUAAUCAAUAUUUUUGCGAACGUUGCAAAAAACUAUCGGAUGCCGAACGUUACAUUAAUGUAAUUAGUGCGCCAAAGAAUUUAAUAUUGACACUGAAACAUUUCAAAUAUGAUCAGAAAUAUCAUAUGCGUGCCAAAUUAAUGCACAAAGUAUUUCAUGAUGAAAAGGUUUCGCUUAAAGUUUGUUCCCCGGAAAAUCUAGAAGAAAUUGCCACAGUUCAUUACGAUAUAUAUGCCGGCGUAGUCCAUUCAGGAUUCAGCAUGGAUUCGGGACAUUAUUACACCUAUGCAGCAGAUGCCAGUAAUAAAUGGUAUAAAUUUAAUGAUAGCAUUGUGACACCAUCGAAAACCGAGGAACUUCACAAUCUAACACCACCAAAUACACCAUACAUACUGUUCUAUCAAAUGGGGGCGCGGUCAAAUGAAACACCGGAAACAUCAGCCUCAACAAAAGUAAUAAAAGUCGAUGUACCGUCGCCGCUUACACUGGAAGAGUUGCCGCGGGAGUUGCGUGACAUGGUGACACAUGAUAAUUAUGCUUUCAGUGAGGAACUUAAGAUGAGACGUUACAAAAAUGCCAGCAGUCUAAAUGCGAAUGCAAUGAAAACAAAAGAUCAACGACGAGACAGUUUCGAAGACGACGACGAUGAACAACCACCGCCGGCCAGUGGUUGCGGUGGCAAUGCUAUGAAUAUAAAUAUGAAUAGGUUUGUUUAUUAAAUUUAAUAACUAUUUACAUACAUACGUGCAUACACAUACAUUUUAUUCGCCUUGUAAUGUUUUAAUUUUUAUUCUUCUACAAAUAUUUUCACAACUAUCUUUUGUAAUUUAAAAAAAAGAAAGAAACAAAAAACAUACAAACUAGAAAUUAUUUCAAAUGAGUUUUAAAAGUCGAAAGCAUGAAAUGAAAGAAAGUACUUUAAACGCAGAUACUUUGAACAGAAAUCGUCUAAAAAAAAAACUUGGUAAAUGCGAGAAAAACAAAACACUAUCUAUAAAUACUUUUAACACAAAUUCAAUUGCCUUUUGUACAAUAAUGUGUUUUUAGGGUUAUUAUGUUUAUUAUUUAGUACUCAGAAGUCAAUCCUUAGGAAGACUACUGAAAUUAAAAAAAAAAAAUACAAAAUUUAAGGAAAAGAGAACAAUUUCGUAAGCACUUAAUGUUUUGAAAUUUUAUUUUAUUAUACAACUUACAUACAUAUACAAACAACAUACUUAUUUAAAUAUCUAUAAAAUACCAAAACUUUCCAAAUUUCUUACACCCCUUAAAACCCCACCCCCUUUUAAACUAUUUCUAAAUGCUAUUAUUUAAUUUUAAUUUUAUUUUUUUUGUUCAAAUAUAGGUUUUUAGUAGUUAGAUAAAAAAAAAAUAAUAAUAAAAACGAAAAUAUUAAUAAAAAUAAAUUUUUGUGUGUAAAACAGGAAUUUAAUUAUAUACAGGCUAAACAAGCAAACAAAAAACAAAAUGGAAAUAAAAUUAAUAAUUAGAAUUCAAAAAUAUUUUGAAAUUAUUUAAAAAAAAAAAAAAUAAUAUUACAUCUACACAAGUAUUGCAAUAAAAUUGGAAUACUUUUAUUACUUACAAUAUAAUUACAUAUUAUACAUAAAAUUAUAAUUAUUAAUAUUAAUAUUCACAUAUUAUUAUAAAAGAAAAACAAAAGAAAACUAUUAUUACAUACAUAAAUUAUGUAAAUACAUACAUAAAUACAUUGUAUACAUAUGUAUGUGUGUAUAUGCAAGUA